AUGCUAGCUCGUCCCCUCGCGCGGCUCGGAACAGUGGCCGGAGCGCUGGUGGGGGGAGAGUUUGACCUGGAGAUGAACUUCAUCAUCCAGGAGGCAGAGAGUAUCGGCUGCAUGGUGGAGCUGCUGUCCCACUGCGAGGUCACGUGUCAGGCCGAGAUCUGGUCCAUGUUCACCGCCAUCCUCCGUAAGAGCGUCCGCAACCUGCAGACCAGCACAGAAGUGGGACUGAUCCAACAGGUGCUGCUGAAGAUGAGCAGCGUGGACGACAUGAUCGCAGACCUGCUGGUGGACAUGCUGGGCGUCAUGGCCAGUUACAGCAUCACGGUGAAGGAGCUGAAGCUGCUCUUCAGUAUGCUGCGCGGAGACAACGGCAUCUGGCCGCGUCACGCCAUCAAGCUGCUGUCGGUCCUGAACCAGAUGCCGCAGAGACACGGCCCCGACACCUUCUUCAACUUCCCCGGACGCAGCGCAGCGGCCAUCGCGUUGCCGCCCAUCGCUAAAUGGCCGUACCAGAACGGAUUCACUAUCAACACCUGGUUCAGACAAGACCCACUCAACAACAUCAACGUGGACAAGGACAAGCCCUACCUUUACUGUUUUCGGACCAGUAAAGGCAUCGGGUAUUCUGCUCACUUCGUGGGGAACUGUCUCAUCGUGACGUCACUGAAGUCCAAAGGAAAAGGAUUCCAACACUGUGUAAAAUACGAUUUCCAGCCUCGGAAGUGGUACAUGAUCAGCAUCGUGCACAUCUACAAUCGCUGGAGGAACUCUGAGAUCCGUUGCUAUGUGAACGGUCAGCUGGUCUCCUACGGCGACAUGGCCUGGCACGUCAACACCAACGACAGCUACGACAAGUGUUUCCUGGGCUCCUCGGAGACGGCGGACGCUAACCGUGUGUUUUGCGGGCAGCUCGGCGCCAUCUACGUCUUCAGCGAGGCCCUGAAUCCAGCUCAGAUCUUUGCCAUCCACCAGCUGGGCCCCGGAUACAAGAGCACCUUUAAGUUCAAGUCGGAGAGUGACAUCCACCUGGCGGAGCACCAUAAGCAGGUGCUGUACGACGGUAAACUGGCCAGCUCCAUCUCCUUCACCUACAACGCCAAAGCCACAGACGCCCAGCUCUGCCUCGAGUCGUCGCCGCGAGAAAACGCCUCCAUCUUUGUCCACUCGCCCCACGCCCUCAUGCUGCAGGACGUGAAGGCCAUCGUCACUCACUCCAUCCACUCCGCCAUCCACUCCAUCGGAGGGAUCCAGGUCCUGUUCCCGCUCUUCGCUCAGCUGGACUACAAGCAGCUCAACGACAGCUCUGUGGACACCACCGUUUGUGCCACUCUGCUGGCCUUCCUGGUGGAGCUGCUGAAGAGUUCGGUGGCGAUGCAGGAGCAGAUGUUGGGAGGCAAAGGCUUCCUGGUGAUCGGGUAUCUGCUGGAGAAGUCGUCCCGCGUCCACAUCACCAGAGCUGUCCUGGAGCAGUUUCUGUCGUUUGCCAAAUAUCUGGACGGUUUGCCCCACGGAGCGCCUCUCCUCAAGCAGCUCUGCGACCACGUCCUGUUCAAUUCUGCCAUCUGGAUCCACACGCCCGCCAAGGUCCAGCUCUCUCUCUACACAUACUUAUCGUCUGAGUUCAUUGGCACGGCAACCAUCUACACCACCAUCCGCCGAGUGGGCACCGUCCUGCAGCUCAUGCACACCCUCAAGUACUACUACUGGGCCAUCAAUCCACUGGAGUGCAGUGGCAUCUCCCCCAAAGGCCUGGACGGACCGCGGCCGACUCAGAAGGAGAUCAUCUCACUCAGAGCCUUCAUGCUGCUCUUCCUCAAACAACUCAUUCUCAAGGAUGCGGUGGUUGCCAUGGCGAUGCGGCCGCGUAACGAGCCACUGUGCAUUGUGUGUUUUGGCGUUUUUGACCUGACGACACGGUUACCACGGCGACUGCACUGUGGCCACACCUUCUGCCAGAGCUGCCUCAAGAGACUGCACACCGUCAUCAACGAACAGUCCUGGAUCCCGUGUCCUCAGUGCCGGCAGAACACGCCGCGUCCUAAAGGGGGCGCCGCGUCGCUGGACUUGGACCUGUCUUUGUUUUUGGCGGUGAAGUCUGGCCCGGCCCCACGGCCCACGCCGGCCAAUCGAGAGGAGGAUGAGGCGAACAAUGGGAAGCUGUGGCAGAUCUACCACGACGAGGGCUGGACUCACGGCGGAUUGGCCGAGCCACGCUUCCAUCAAGACGAGGCCGAGCGCUCCCAUUGGCUAAGUGUUCCGAGCCCUGGAGAUGACAGCUGCGGAGAGAGGCAGCCCACAGCCCGGAGCUUAAACACAGACCACAGACGAAAUCACUGCCGAAAACAAGUCACCCACUCCCGGUCAGCUCCUCCCAGACGAGCCGCUGAUCCUGGAGCCGUGAGCGGGGACUGUCAGUGCAUCUUGGCUCAUGACAGUCUGGAGAACCAUGUGUCGCGGUCUCCACCUCAGAUCUUAGAAGGCGUCCACACUUGGUCCAGAUGGACUGAUGUGACGACUCCGGGGGUCCCUCAGAGAACGUUGUGCUGA